CGGACCCCAUUUCUCUCAUCCCCACGCUGGCUCAUGUCGACCUUUGGAAGUUCAGUGAUCAAUAAGUCGGGCAAGAAGCUCGCACCAAAGGCCCCAUUGGGCCGGCGCCGAGCUGGGCCUGCGACAGACUCAACGCAGGCCAUCACCAGAGCCAGCGAAGAGCGUCCACCGCCAUCGCAUAUAUCUCAGCCUGUCGCUUCCAAUCAGCGAACAACCGAUGCGCCUGCUCCCGAUUCUCAACCCAGCGAGCCCCGAGAAAAUCCUCUUCGCAGAGUCACGUCUCAGCACUCAGUUACUGAACCGCGCCCCCCAGAGAACCCCCCAUCGCCCUUUUCUACGCCGACACAUCCGGAAUCACAUCCGGAAUCACAACCACACCCUAUCGAAACGGAAACACAAAAGUCUGCUGAGAAAGUUUCGGAUGCAGAAAAAGGCAUUCCUCGAUCCGACAUUGGCCCGGCGCCACAAGUUCGGCCCGUUGACGUUGAACCGUCCUUGGAUUCGCUGAAUGUAUCAUCAACGUCGCGAAUUGGUGAAGCGUUGAACGAAUCCCUUACUACUCCGGAUGACCCAACCGCCAGUAUAACUCGUCAAGAAGUGGCUCUGGAACCAAGCCGCCCUGAUGCUCGCACCAGCGCUCAGCGGGCCAAGCCGCCUAAAAGUCAACCACCUCAGAGUCUUGAGGGCCCAACCACUGGACCUGCUCCUAAACGGCGGAAACUUAAAGAAAGUCGAGAUGAUGUGCCCAGUAUCGAGCCUCGAUCUGAUACGGAUGUGCAGCCCACUGUAGAAGCUACAAGCAGCUACCCUCAGGAGGCGAAUGUUGAAAGUAGUGUGGAUAACAGCAAGCGCAAAACUCGAGCGAGAGCACAGAAGAAGGCCAAGGUGUCUGAUGAUACUCGAAACGAGGAGUCUGAACCAACUAAUACUCGGAAAAGUCGAGAACCUAAGGGCACCCGAAGAGGCAGAAAAAGGCAGAAGACUCCUGAGAAUGCCGAGACUAUGGAAAUAGCUCCUUCGAUUGUGAAAAUGGCGGAUCUAUGUCGGGACAAUCGGCAAGGUAAAAAAUCGAAGCGAGAAACUGAGCUGCAAAAUAUGGAUUGGACUGCAGUCAUCAAGCGCCAAAAUGAGCGUCAAGCUCAACAGGAGGCCGGCGAAAUACCAGCGAAAGACGCGGUUGGUGAGAUGCUUGAGCGAGCUGGUCAAGAACAAGAACGUCAAUCACGAGGGUUGGCAGCGCCGCAAAUGCGGCUUAUCAACGGUCAGAUUGUCCUGGAUGAUCAGUCCUUGCAAAUUGACAGGCAUGCCCAUGCUGCAAGAGAUCAAGAAGCGCGGGAGGAAGUCGAAGAGAAUGAGCUGACACGACGGAUCACCGCCGGUUCAUGGAUGAAGCGAGAGAAGACGGAGCCGUGGACAGAUGACUACACCGACCUCUUUUAUCAAGGUCUCCGCAUGUUCGGGACAGACUUCAUGAUGAUUAGCAAGAUGUUCCCGAACCGGAGCCGGCGGCAGAUUAAACUCAAGUUCUGCAAAGAAGAGCGAUUAGACCCAUUGAGAAUUCACGAAGCGUUGAUGGGACCCCGGCAGCCGGUUGAUCUUGCACAUUACUCGGAGAUGACCAAUGAAGAAUACGGAGAUCCUGCAGUCUUUGAGCAGGAGCUGGCUGCUGAAGCAGAGCGCUUUGAAGCUGAGCACCUAGCCCAAAAGGCUGGAACGGAUAUAUCUGGUCUCGCCAAAGGGCCGGAUAACCCUAGUACUGGCGACGCCGGUAACGGGGAUUCUGCAAAGGAGAAUGAGGGUCAAGAAGGUUCUGGUUCUAGCGCUGCUGGAAAGAAGGCGAAGAAACCAGCUGGGAAGAACAAAAAAUCUCUUCACAGCAGAAAUGGAGUCAGCGAUGAGGUCGAGGUUCUUGGGACUGUUGACGAGCUUAUGCAAAGAUGAGCUGCAACCAUUUUUACUUAAUGUAGCGUGCUGUCGAGAUUUGCCUUUUGUGCAAUUAUUAUUCUCUUUGGGAUGGGAGGAGUUGGUUUCAGGUUCAAAGUCAUGGCGGGGCUUAUUAUUUCGAAUAGAUCGAUUUCGAAUUUGUUGUUAAAUCCUUCACGUCAAUAAGAUUUUCAAUAUAAUAGUACCUAAAUCAGAUGUUGGAAAUAUUGUAUCCAUCAGCCUGCCAUUUGCCGGCGCUGAUUUGAAACAUCAAAUUUCAAUUUCGCGGCCCUAU